AUGGGUGAGGCCCGUGCACACCACAUACACAUGGUGCUGGAGCAGGGCAAGCCGCGUUCCGGCAGGCGCAAGCCGACCAAGCCUACAACCUCCACUUCCUCGAUGAGCAUCGGCGUGCGGAGGAGUUAUUCACCGCCGGACGUGGACGUGACCGAGCAGGAGGGGCUGUUCAACUCGUAUCGCACCGCCCGUGAAAUCCGUCGCGACCGCUGGAUGGUAGAGUCUCAAACGGAGGAAUCGAAAGAGGACACGCAGCCGACGUCCAUCCAGAUUGAUUUUAUGAUCGGUACCACUAUGUCAUCGGCGGCGAACUGCGAGCGCCCGCCGGCCAACGCUUCCUCCGCUGCCGGUAGACUCAAGGACGAGUCCCCGUGGGCUUCUCUCCCUGCAGAUUUGGCCCGGCUUGUGGGCUGGCGGGUGUUGGCCGGAGACCUCCUCGACUACGUCCGGUUCCGCGCCGUCUGCUCUGACUGGCGUUCCGCCACGGUCUCCCCGCACGGCCAUGGCAUCACUGAUCCGCGGUUUCAUCCCCGCCGGUGGAUGCUGCUGCCCGAGGGCCACGGCCUCCACCCUGCGGGAAAGAAACGCUUCUUCAACCUCUCUACCGGAGUCUUCGUGCGCCACCGACUUCCUCUGCUCAUGGACCACCUUGUUCUCUGCCCCGUGGAAGGGCUUCUCCUAUUGCAGCAGGGGCAACACGGCCAUGGGAAUACUCUCCUUCUCCUCCACCCUUUCACCGGCGAUGCUGCGGAGCUGCCGUCGGUCGCGUCUCUGAAAAGAUGCUUGAGAGCACAUCUAAAUCCACAUGGGAGAUAUGCUUGGCACGUUGACAAGAUGGCAUCGUUGAGCGUGAGUGCCGAUGGAAUCCCCAAGAUCAUGAUUGCAAUUUUAGAUUUUUCAUGCGUAGUAUGUGCUACUACCAAGGAUGACCAUUGGAGUGUCUUGGCGAGCUGGAGCUUCAUACCAAAAGGAAGGCCAAUGUCAUCCCGGGGAAGCAUAUACAUUUUACAGUGUUCCACAGGUCACAGCGAGCUACAAAUUCUCAGAAUUGACCCAGCUCAGUAUGGAUCGGGGUUACGUUCACAACCACCGAAACUGAUUGCUACAUGCCCGGCAGGCACGAUCUACCCACCUCUGCAUUUAGUAGAAUGUGACUCGGAGAUCCUACUAGUUGGAUACACGAAUUACACGAUUUCCUCGCGCAUGCUAGUUUAUAGGGUAGCUGAUCUUAUCCAAGGAAGUGUUGUCCCACUGACUAGCAUCCAAGGCAAUGCUCUUUUGGUUAGGUUUGGAUGGAGCUUGAGUGUUAGCUUCAAGGCAAUGCCUACUGUUGUUGGCGACACAAUUGUGGGCAUGUACCACGAUGGUAAACAUAUUACGUACUACGACCUCCAUAGUGGCACUUGGUCAGCAACACCGGCAAGGCUUGUAAUGCAUGAUGGUGGCAUGAAGUGUACUUGUAGCCUUAUUGACCAUAUGUAUAAUGUCUGCCAUUGUGAUACUACCUGGUAUGAACACAUGAGAUAUAAUCUUCUUUUCAUAGGCCCGGUCUAUGGAGAUUGAGCCUAUGUGUUGUGAGUGGUGGCAUGUAUGGGGUCCUCAUGGGCUAUGGCCAUUCUCUCUCAAAAGUAUGACGACAUGGUUGACUGGAACUUGAGGAGUACUUUUUCCUUCCAUUGUGCUUUACUGAUAAUAUACCGAGGAGGUGCAAAACAGAGCAGCCGAACUUGAGGAAUACUUUUCCCUUCCAUUGUGCUUUACCGAUGCUAUACAGAAAUAUAAUUUUUCUUAGAUGCCAUUUGGAAGUUGAAACAUAGAUCGAUAUCUUUUUUAAUUUUAUUGAAUGAUAUAUCUUACGUAGAUAUUUUGGAGGAAACCAAAACAUAAUGUAAGAGCUCUGGGGCCGCGUUUUUGCUCCCGGGUGAA